AUGAUUCCUCUCAAAGAGGAAACGGCUGAUGAGGUAGUUCAAUUUGUCAUUAAUCCACCGCUUCCACGAAUCUACGAUUCCACUGGAGACACUAAAACCUUUCAUAAGUUCGGUGCCUUACCUCGAGAGUUGCAACUGAGGAUAUUCAAGAAUGCGAUGCCAGCCUCGCGCGUCGUUCGAUGGGCGGAGCGAGUUUCUCGACGUAAUUACUGGCCCGCAUUUGAUACAUCCCAUCCCUUAUUCGAUCAAUGGAAGUUUCCCGGUCUGUUAUCGUUACUUCAAGCAUGCUCGGUUUCCAACGCGUCGGUAAAUGUUGACGGUGGAUUUGUCAAGAUCCAGUCUGAGCGUGGAAGAGGUAGAGCGCCCCCCUUGAAUUGGAAGUGGAAGCAUUAUACCUUUAUGCGGCCUGAUCAAGAUAUUAUUCUCCUGGAUUGCUCGGAUCUGGUUCAGUUGUAUCAAAAUGGCGGAUCAAUCAACCUUGAAAGGUUCACCCAUAUUGCCGUGUAUGCAGAAAGUGCAGAAUAUAAGAAAUGGCCACAAGACUUACUGUUAGAGACACUGGACGUUAUCCAGGCUCAUUGUCCACUCCUCCAGAGACUUAGCGUUUUCAUCUGUAAUAAAUGGUAUAGGGACUUCACUCACUAUGAGAAUAUCAGAUUCCUCGAUAUUGAUGAUAGCCUUAACCUUCUCAAAUUGAAUUACAGGUGUUAUAUGAUGAGGACCAACCAAGAUGAAGAGUUCAAGAUAGGUUCAAAAUUGAGAAAAAUGCUCAAGAGUGCCUCACAUCUACAUUCUCAGCUUCAAGAAGUAUUUAUGGAGAUGAGACAAAGCAGGGAGCAGAGAGUGGUGGCGUACUGGAAGAAAGUUCAGGUGGUUCCUGUUACAAAUUGUGGAUCGCAGAACUUUUACGAUGAUUCAGAUCUCUACUUUUCGGACUUAGAUGCCUAUGUGGGUCGAAAUGAUGAUGGUACUUUGGAGAAUACAACUUGGGGAUGGAAAGGCGAUGAAUGGCAUAAAUGUGGUACUCUUGUUUGUGCAGAGCCCAGUUAG